AUGACUUAUAACAACCAAAACCUCUUCACAGACAUGGAUCUGCUCGAUGGUUUCAUCAGUGACGACUUGACUCCUUAUGUCUCAGACUCUGCACCGCCUUUUCCAGAUGUGACCCCCACAUUCAACCAUGCACAGAUCAACCCUGCCAGUCUCACUCCGGGACAUACUCAAUUAUAUCAAUCUGGCAGUCAACCACAGCCGCAACCAACUCCGGCAAAGGUCGGAGGCCGUUUCACAAGAGAAUCAGUUCGAAUUUUAAAAAAUUGGCUUGCCACACAUCAAAAUCAUCCUUAUCCGAGAGAGCCAGAUCGAAAAAUGCUCCAGGAAGAAACAGGACUUACAAAGACUCAGAUAUCCAAUUGGCUAGCCAAUGCACGCCGCAGAGGAAAGAUUCCAUCUAGUGCUUCAUCCCCAGGACACAGCACAAAAGCAAUGGAUAUACCGCCCAGGCCCGGUACACCUGCCGUGAGGAACACAUCAGAAAUGGAUCCGCUCCAAAGAUGGGUUGACUCACCGCCUGAAGAUGAACCUGCUGCCGUGACAGCCAUUGCAAGAGCUGUAGCUUCAGUGAAACCAUCAUCUGGUUCGACGAGUCCAUAUACAAGACUCUCCCGCACACCUUCAGUUAGAAGUGUUGGAACUUCGCGAUCCAGCUCUAUAAGUUCUGUCAACUCUCACACCAGCCAAACUUCAUUUGGUCUUAAUGGCCUCUUCAGUCGAGGCUCUUCUCGUCGCAGAAGACGCGCAUACAAAGAAGAACGAAGAUCUUUGGCAACAACACACAAAGCCUUCCAAUGCACUUUUUGCACAGAAACAUUUCGAGCAAAACACGAUUGGCAACGUCAUGAAAACUCGCUACACCUACCACUCGAGCGAUGGGUCUGUAGUCCCGAAGGACCGCGUGGUCAAAAAGAUGACAGUUCUGAAACGCUAUGUGUUUUUUGUGGACACGUUGAUCCUGACGAUGCUCACAUUGAAAGCCAUAACUACUCAGCAUGCAAGAACCGACCAGUUCAAGAACGCACCUUUAACCGAAAAGACCAUCUAAACCAGCAUCUGAAACUCGUACACAACGCAAAAUUCGCAGAGUGGCCUAUGCGACAAUGGAAAGCACCUCCGCCUCCAAUUCAGUCAAGAUGUGGCUUUUGUAACCUUGUCAUGGAGAAUUGGAGUGAUAGAGUUCAUCAUCUAGCGGACCAUUUCAAAGCCGGAAAGACAAUGGCUGAUUGGAAGGGCGACUGGGGAUUUGAAGCCCAUAUUCUCGAGCUUGUCGAGAACUCGAUACCUCCUUCAUAUUUUAUGCAGAACCAUUUCUACCAGCACGCGCGGAUGCCAACGGGGGACGAAAUGCAACUUGAAGCGUGCAGAAUCCUCUUUGCUUCCGAGUCUUCGACGGGAGGGUUGGUAUGUUGCUCCUGGCUGCGAGAUCUAGUCUUUUCCAGCGCGGAAAUCUCCCAACAAGCACAAUUCGGACCUAUGCGAACCAACGCAGAGAGCCGCCUAUCGUCAAUGGAAAUCAGCGGCAAGAAUAACAUUUUUGAAGGAUGUCCUUUCGAAACACAGCUUCAGGAAUUUGUACAGGCUAAACAGCUCUUAGGGCUGAGUAUUCGGGAUGACGAAUUACGAGAAGAGUGCUGCAUGAUUGUCGGUCGUCUUGAAGAAGUCUCAGCAACACCAUCUGACUUUAUCGCCAACUUUUUUGUAAGAGUUAUUCACUCACCAGGCGAUUGGUUGCUUCCCUUUCGUCAACGAACAGGUAUAGAGUUGAUCGAUCUUUCGCAAUGCCUCAACUUAAAUGCCAUGAUUCAAGAUUACACGCGUUUAGAGCAGGAAUUAGGCUCCUAUCUCAACAUGCAACGCGUUAUAGGGCUUGAACCAACAGAUGAAGAACUUCGUCAUCAAGCAAGAGUUAUAGUUCACGGAACAGAUUCACUUUUGAACCAUACAGCUGCAGAUGACGAUUACUGGCUCGCAGCAUUUCGCCAACGACAUUCCAUCACCACCGACGCCUCGGACACGUGGACCACGCCUUUGCGACCAAAUCCUCACAUCUUGGCAGCUCAAUCUCUAGUCCUCAAAACAAGUACAGCGUUUUUGAACGAUCAUAAUUAUUGGCGGUGGUUUACGCAGGAGUUGAGGAGAUGGGUGGCUGGGAUUAUGUCACCUCAUAAUCCGGCCAGCAGAGUGCCUUCAGAUGAAGAGAUUCAGCAUUAUGCAAGGUGGAUUAGUUAUAACGAUGAUGAUCCGUUUAAUCAGACUAUUGCGGAGAAUAAGGAUUGGUUGGAGGCGUUUAAAAGGGAUGUUGGUAUUGAUAAGAGCAAGCCUAUGGGAUGA